AUGGCCUGCCUGUUAUACCCGUUGUCGGCCCCAGCACAGGGUGUCUCAGCGGCCCUCUGCACGACAGCCUUCCCCGCGCUGCUCGCCCUCCCCACGGCCACCAACGCCCGCACAUCGCUCGUGUACCUGUCCAAGCAGUCGUCGUGGCUGUCGUCGUACCUGCGCCAUAUCACGACGUUUACCUUGUUUUCGGCCUACGUGCUCUCGCCACGCCGCUUCCGCCACCCGUACCUGCUGUACACGUCCAUCUUCGCCUUUGUGUCGGGCCCCGGCGUCGACUACGCCGUCACAGCCAUGGAGGGUGCCAGCGAGCAGAGGCAGGUCAUGGAGCUCGAGGCCCAGGGCGACGCGGUCAAUGGCGAAUUGGUCAGGGAGGUGGUGGAGAGAAGGCAGAGGACCGAACGCAUCAAGACGGCAUUGGCGGGUGUGGCGUUUGCCAUGCAGGUUGUCGGACUGUGGGGGGAUGGUGCUUAG